AUGGCUCGCAAUCGCUACGCAGUUAGACGCCCAAAGAGCACCCGAAAGAGCACUGGUAGCAUUUCCUCUGGCAUCAAAAAAUGCAACGUAGACGGCCCCGAGAUCGAAGGCUCUGGUCGAAGCACGCCUGUAAUUACAGGACCCGGAUGCGAGACUACAACGGAUUCGGGCAAAAGUCAUUCCAAGAUCAACGCCGUCGGGUCGCACGCUCGCAGGGCUACUCACACACGAGCCGCUCAAUUCCGAGGCUCAAGAAGUAUCCACGAAAUCCUUGCCUUGGGCCUACAACACGUGUUCACGAAAGAACGGCAAUAUCUUGACUAUAUCAAGAGAGCGGCCAAUGUAUCUUGCCAACCAAAUCAAGGUGAAAGCCUGACUCACGUAGCUGGUUUACAACGGCUUUGUGGCAGAGUGUUUGGUACUGGCGGCGACACUGAGGACUGUGAGCGAACCAACGGCGAGGAGAUGGACAACGGCCCCUUGUCAACAGAUGAAGCAGAGCAGUCGUUAGGGUGGCUAGAUGAUGUUGUCGAUGCGCGUCUUGCUAUGCGGAUACCUCAUGUGCAAUCAUCUUCAAAUCGACUGCAAGCUGCACUGCAGCUGAAGAACCCCUUUUGGCGAAGCGGCUCUACGAAAGUUGCGCUGGAGUCCGUCAGAGCACCGAAAAAACUAUGGCAUCCAACCUCCCACGUCAGUUAUCGACAGUGGCUGCAAAAUUCGUCGUCAAAAUACGGGUGCAGGCGCCUAAGCGCCCGGGUCAUCAGCUUCAAGACAAGCAAGUCUCCCUUGCCCGUUGAUAAUCUGGCUUGUCUGGGGAAUGAGCUGGAUACCAUCAUGACAAUUGACGAUGAUUGGGGUUCAAUUGGAAUCUUUGAAACUGACAUCCCGCACAUAUCAGGUGUCAUCCAAUCCUGGACCUGGAUCAAAAUCACGAAGCCAGUCUUCGUGGUCGAUGACCCCGACAACCCACAUGUCGGAGCGCAAUCAUGGGUAGUAUUCGCCAUACCUAGUCGACAGGUCGAGAAGCUGGGGGAAGUCUAG